AUGGAGGCUGAUCGUCAACAGAUGACGGCGGCACUCAAUGGGGACGAUAUCGUGCCAGUUAACACUCACAUGGAGGGCAAACAUCCGACCACAGCAGAGGUCCCACCAGGCACACUGAAGGCCAUUCGACAAGCGCUUGAGGAUCGGUACCCUGAACAUCGGUGGGUAAUUGAGGGAAAUGGGGCCAAUGCCGGUCUGGUAUCUGGGGCGAUCACCAUCCUGCAAAUGGGCACCAAAUACAAGACGCUUGAAGGUGCAGGGAAAGUUUUUCGCGGCUGGAACGACCGCAUAUCGGGGAACUAUCGGACCUGCCAUAUGUCGCACUACAAGGACACAUUAUACAUGCAGAGGAGUGCAAACGAUUUGUUCAAUGCAGUACCACAAUGGGCAGGCAUGUGGCUCGUGGCUGGCAUCUAUCGUGUCAGAUUGUUGCCCGCGAACCCCAUUGCCACGGACUUGUUGAUGGUAAUCGGACGCAAGGCUGCAACACACUUUGUAGACGAGGGUGUUGCUUACCCAUAUCCAGUGUACCAACAUCAGUUUUUGGACGCCCAUCUGUUUGAAUCUCGGUCAUUCGACAACCUUACUGCAUUUGUGACAUCUCCAUUGUUCUUCGAAGGAUUAAGGCCCUCAGAUAGACAGCCAACCGAUUUGGUCAGCGAUGUCAUGCAAUCGAGUAUAGCGAAGUCAACGCAAUCGGUGGACUGA